UUUUUUCUAUAUAUUUAUAGAAACCCAAUUUGUCUCAACACACAAAUCACAUUCAUUUUUUGUCUUAAUAACAAAAACCCCUUUUCCUCUUUUCUCUAUCUUUUCAAGCCUUUGUCUAUUUUACUUUUAUAUCAAUUUUUUACUAUAGGGCAAAAGAAUCAAUAACAUCAUGAAUAAUAAGAAUAACAUUCCAAAACUUCAUUUUCUUCUUUUAUUUUUACUAUCUUUCAUAACUUUCAAUGGCUCAUUUUCCUUCUCUUUUAACCCUAACCGCGAAAAUGGUAACACACAUGGUCUGAUGACUAGGUUUAGCCGAACAACUAGGUCAUCAUCAUCGCCUUCUCCUUCGUCUUCCUCACCUCAAAUAUUCAAUGUCGACGAUUUUGGUGCUAGGAGUGACCGCUACGACGAUAGUCAGGCAUUUUACAAGGCAUGGAAACGGGCUUGUUCAUCGAAAAACGGCGUAGUUUUGGUACCUAAAAACAAAGUUUAUUACCUUAAACCAAUCACAUUUUCUGGUCCUUGCAAAUCUUCUCAAAUAACUAUUAGGAUAUCUGGAACAAUUAAAGCUUCACCUAGAAGAUCAGAUUACCAAAAGGACACAAGAUAUUGGAUUGUGUUUAAUAAUGUGGAAAAUUUAAGAGUUGAAGGUGGUGGAACUAUCAAUGGCAAUGGUAGAAAAUGGUGGAUUAACUCUUGCAAAAUCAACAAAGCUCUUCCUUGUAUUCAUGCUCCAACUGCUGUGACAUUUUAUGAUUGCAAAAAUCUGAAAGUGAGGAAUUUGAGGUCUAAAAAUGCACAACAAAUGCAUAUAAAUUUUCAAAAAUGUGUGAAUGUUGAAGCUAUGAAUUUGAGAGUAAUUGCACCUGGAAAUAGUCCCAAUACUGAUGGAAUUCAUAUCACUGAUACACAAGAUAUUCAGAUUAUGAACUCUGUUAUCAGAACAGGUGAUGACUGCAUUUCAAUUGUAAGUGGGUCAAAAAAUGUUAGAGCCACAGAUAUUACUUGUGGGCCUGGUCAUGGCAUAAGCAUUGGAAGCUUAGGAGCUGGAAAUUCAGAAGCUGAAGUCUCUAAUGUGAUGGUGAAUAGAGCAAGAAUUUCAGGCACUACUAAUGGAGUAAGAAUUAAAACUUGGCAGGGAGGAUCUGGUUAUGCAAAAAACAUCAUAUUCCAAAAUAUAGAAAUGAUCAAUGUGACCAACCCAAUAAUCAUCGAUCAAAAUUAUUGUGAUCAAGAUGAACCUUGUCAUGAAAAGAGGUCAGCUGUCAAGAUAAGCGAUGUAGUGUACAACAACAUAAGAGGAACGAGUGAUUCUGAAGUGGCAGUAAAAUUCGAGUGUAGCAAGAGUAAUCCAUGCGAAGGAAUUUCACUCACAAAUGUUAAUUUGGUGCGCGAAGGAGAAGGUGUUGUUGAAGCCUCGUGUCAAAAUGUUAACUUUGACAAAAGUGGAAGAGUUUUCCCUAGAUGUUCCAACACUUAAAAUAUUAUUUAUUAUUCAUUAUUUUGUAAAUAUAUUUAUGAUCUAUUUGAUUUAGAUCAUAUGUGUUUUAUGAAUUUAUCUUAGCAAUACUAUAUAGAAUUGAGUUAUAGUUACUUAUAGAACUCGAUUCUUAUAGAUUUGUUUGUGUUGUUGUAGAUUAGGUGGAAAGUGAAAUCAAUUAUGGUUAUCACUUUUAGAUGCCAACAUUUUAGAAAAAUAAUAAAAUUUAUGGAUUGUUUUAUUUAA